CAUCAACAACAACAUCAACACCAUCAACAACAACAAAAUUGCUUACCGGCCAGGCAGCACUUCAGCCUUCAACUCAGUCAGCGGACUGACACGACGAUCGAACCGGCUCUCAACCUCAUCAAAUCUUUGGACAGGGAACUCUGCUCCACCUACAAAAUGGACCUCGUUGUAACUGACGGGGGCACACCACCCCUUAGCUCAACCCUUCAAAUUUUUAUCCAAGUUACCGAUUCAAACGAUAACAUUCCCGCAUUUUUGAAGCCCCAGUACGAAGCUGUCAUUGCUGAAAACUGUCCAAUUGGAACUUUUGUUACGAAAAUUGAAGCUUUCGACAAUGAUGUCGGUACGAACGGUCAAAUCGAGUAUUUCUUCUCCGAACCCACCAACUCUACGUACGGAGGAAUAUUUAAAAUCGACCGACGCACCGGUGAAGUUACAGUCGAUGGAACGAUAGACUACGAGUCUAGUUCGAUUUUUCACUUGAGCGUUGAAGCCAGAGAUAAGGGAAUAGGUUCAAUUCCAGUUGAUGUUCCAUUAAUUGUAAAAGUUGCGAAUAUCAACGACAACUCGCCAAAUAUUCUCGUGAGUACUUUGUCGAGUAAUUCGGUCUCUAACAAGUAUGGGAACGAUAUAACCGUGGCUGAAGUAUCGGAAGGAAUGGGCGCUGAACAACUCUACAACAACAGCAACAACAACAGCACCAUAAAAUACUUCAAAAUGGACGCAAAAUCAGGCGCCAUAUUCGCGAACGCCAUUCUCGACCGAGAAAAAGUUUCGCGCGUCGAACUUACUAUUCAGGUUCGAGAUAGUAGUCAUCCGCAGUUGUCCAGCACGGCCCGGGUUCGAAUCCAUGUUAGAGACGUGAAUGACCACAAGCCGAUAUUUUUUGUAAUUUUGCCAUCGUCAUCAUCAUCAUCAGAUAGUGAGGUGGGAACGGUGAGGGCCUAUGAUGAUGACGCUGACCCGGUAAAUAACAUCGUCCGAUACCGAAUAACUUCUGUCCAAGCUGCAGCUACUUCACCGCCUACUCUAUCGUCAUCAUCUCUUUUUUCAUCAUCAUCGACAGGGCUGAUAAGGACGAUGACGUCACUGGACAGGGAGGUGUGUGCACUGUACGUGCUGACCAUCGAGGCCACUGAUGGCGGGUCACCACCACUGACUGGGACCACAACAGCCAAGGUAUACAUUCAAGACAGAAAUGACAACCGCCCAAUUUUCACUUGGCCCCAGUCCCUAAAC